GCGAGCCCGCCAGCGACGUCAGAUGCAUAUCCUCUGCCGCGGGCCCUACUUCACGCCGAAGGAAGCUGCGGAAUACUCAAACCUGAGCAACCAGUUGCAGCAAGUGUACACAUCGGCCAGCAUGUGCUACAACGGCCGCUGCUACGUGGGGGACGAGCAACUGGAGAGAGCCAUGCAAAAUACUCGGCAGCCGGAGUUCCUGGAAUGGGCGUGGCUGUCGUGGCGAAACACCGUGGGCCGCCCAUCCAGGCCAAUCUUCAGGAAGCUCGUCAUUCUCAUGAACACUGCCGCCAGGCGCAGACAUUACAUGGACAUGGGGGAAUGCUGGCGAGAAGAACUAGACACACGGCUGCUGGAGGAAGAAGUGUUCAGGCUGUACGAACAAGUAGAACCACUAUACAUCAUGCUCCACGCUGUUGUUCGCCACCACCUCGCCAACUACUAUGGCGACGACAUUGUCGACCGCAAAGAGCCAAUACCAGCACAUCUCCUAGGAAACAUGUGGGCACAGAACUGGGCAGCACUGACCGACGUGGUGAUGCCGUCGGCGAGCCGGUUCGAUAUCGGCCGUAUGUUGCGCCAGCACGGUAUGACCGUGAUGUCGAUGGUGCGCUCCGCUGAGGACAUGUACGUGUCCAUGGGGCUGCCCAAGAUGCCGGAAUCCUUCUGGAAGCGGUCGCGCUUCGAGCGCACCGCCCUCGGAAACGUGAACUGCCACGGUACCGCUGCCAACAUGUUCCAGGAUCACGACUACAGAAUGCUUUACUGCGCAGAAGUCUCAAGAGAAGAUUAUGAAGUCAUCCACCAUGAGAUGGGACACAUUGAGUACUACAUGGCAUAUGAAAAUCAGCCCACUAUUUUCCGGGAGGGCGCGACGUCGGCACUGCAGGAGGCAGUGGGCGAUGCGGUGAGCCUGGCGGCGUCAGCGCCGCAGCACCUGCAGCGCCUGUUCGUCACCAACGACUCCUCCUCAACUGACGAAAUGAGUUUCAGCGUACUGCUGCAGCAAGCUCUCUCCAGAAUUCCACAACUGCCCUUCGCCUUGGUUGUGGAUAAAUGGCGCUGGGAUGUUUUCCGAGGUGUCAUUUCUCCCGAAACUUAUAACCACGACUGGUGGCACCUCAGGAAGAAAUACCUAGGCAUUACUCCACCUGUCCCAAGAUCAGAGGCUGAUUUUGACCCUGGUGCGAAGUAUCACAUUGCAAAUAACGUACCUUACAUCAGAUACUUUCUAAGUGGUAUAUUGCAAGUGCAGCUGUUUAAAGGGAUGUGUCAGCACGCUAUAUAUGGGGCGGUUACUGACAAACCGUUACCAUUUCCUCUUCAUCAGUGUGACAUAUAUGGAUCAAAGCGCAGUGGAGCAGCAUUAUGGCGCAUGCUCAAACUCGGCAGAAGUCGCCCAUGGCCAGAAGCUUUGAAAAUACUUACUGGAUCAAAACACUAUGAUGUUCAGCCACUUCUGGAGUAUUAUGCACCAUUAACAGCUUGGUUGAAACAGCAAAUCGAGAAAUAUAAUAUCACAGUAGGGUGGGAACAUGAAGAACCUGCCGCUACUUAAUACUGCUAAAUACUAUGUGUGGUAGUUAUGGUAAGAUAUAGUUGUAGUCAACUGAAAACGAGACAGGUGGAAGAACAGUAAGUACAGAUUUUAUUAUUCAAAAAGUAAUCACCACAACUGUUAAUCCAUUAAUCCCACUGUGACAUAAGAUGGUAAAUUCCUUCAUAGAAAAAUUUUUGCGGUUGCCUAUGGAACCAAGAUUGUACACAGGCAUGCGCCUUUUCGUUCGAAGCAAUUCGACGACCACAAAUGUUUAUUUUACUGACUCCAAAAACUUGUAAAAACACAUGUAUGAUGGCUGUGUGAUGGCUUCGCAGCGAAACUUCUUUAGAGUAGUGGAAACAACCUGCCAAAACAGUGGCCGCCCAUAUGUUACCAAGGUUAUUGCUAGGACGCUGCAGAGUUUACGCUGAGAAACCACCACAAAUCCUCUAUACAAUCCAGAUUUCUACCCAUGCCAUUUCCACGUUUUCGGUGCCCUGAAGGAGGAAAUUCGUGUCCGUCGACUUACGUCAGGUGAAGAGCUGCACUUAGGCAACGGCAAUUAUAUUUCCAUGAAGGCACUGGGCGUUUUGUCUCGCAGUGGGCUCGAUAUGUUAACAGUUAUGGCGAUACCUUUUGGAAUAAGAAAUAGUUUACUAUACUUACGUUUUCCACCCGUUUCGUUUGUAUUUGACUGCACUUUAUAUAUAAAGAGAAGAUAAAUGUUGAAUCUAAGUGUGAAUUUUAAGCUCAAAAUGAUGCUUUUAAUGUGUAACUAAACGGAUUACAUCAUACGCUUCAGAUGCCAAAUAAUUACAUUUCGUCAACUAAUCAUUCAUAUUCAUGUUAUUUUAACCAUAAUCAAUCCAGCAUUUUCGAUGUUUAUCUUGUAGUUACCAAAAAUUAAAUUCAAGUAAUGCUAAAUGUCACACUCAUGUAUUUGAAAUAGUGUGUAAUUCAGUAAAUAUAAUCUUAGCAACACUUCUCCUCAUCACGAUCAUUUUAUGUAACUGUGUGUGCAGUAAGUAAAUAGAUAUUAUAGGAAAAUAGGAACACUUAGAAACCCUCACUUUACAACAUAAUCAGUGUAUUCUGAUUUUAAAUUUUCUGUGAUGAGGAAAGUUACAAUUGUAAUAAGAUUGCUUUCUGAUACGUCAGAAAAACCUUAAACUGACAUCAUUAACCUCAAUGUUGCUAUAGAGUAGUUAGGAAAGACGUACAUUCAAUACAGAAAAACUAAGCUUUUUUCUAAACAGUAAGCGUGCUUACACAAAGUGAACAGCGCUUACAAUUCUUUGCCGUUAGUAUUAGUAUGUAAAAAUAGUAAAAUGACUUAGAGGAUUAAGGCAAAUCUGUUUACAUUUAAUCAUGUCUCUGGCAAA